CGACCUGCAGUAGUGAAGAGAGACAGGAGGCCUUAAAGCUUAUAAAUUUAUAGACGAUGAAAGCAGGUUUAUCAAAACGCACUUUCAUUUUAUAGACAGUAUUAUAGUCUUUCUCACGAUGAUUAUAGAGAAUGUGGAAGCCUUGAAGUCGUGGCUGGCAAAACUCCUGGAGCCAAUAUGUGAUGCUGACCCCUCUGCAUUAGCCAACUAUGUUGUGGCGCUUGUGAAGAAGGACAAACCGGAGAAGGAGCUAAAAGCACUCUGUGCUGAUCAGCUUGAUGUCUUCCUACAAAAAGAGACAAUAGGAUUUGUCGAUAAACUUUUUGAAUGUUUGACAACCAAGAACUACCUGGGAAAUCCUGCUGCCAAGGAAGCUCCUAAAGAGGAGAUAAAACCACCUGCAGUCAAAUCUGAUGUUGUGGAGGCUGAAACUCCAGAGGAGGAGAGAGAAAACAGGCGAAGGAGAAGUCCUCUGAGAAACCGCUCUGACUUCAACGAGUCCAGGAGCCGCGACGACAGGAGGCGAGAUGAGCGCAAGCGCCGUGACUUCGAUCGGCAUGGGAAAAGCGGUAGCGACUCCCACCGCGAGCGGGAGCGCCACGAGCGGCGCAGGGGCAGCCCCCGUGGGAGGAGCUACAGCCGCAGCCGGAGCCGCAGCCGGAGCAGGAGUGGCAGCCGAGGAAAGAGCAGGGACAGGGAGCACAGAGGAGGCAGAGACUUCAAGUCAAAGUUUGAGGUAGAAAGGAAGGAUACCGACGGCUACAACUCUUCCACCACAACCGGCUCCCAGCAGCAGCAGCAGCAGCAGCAGCAGCAGCAGCAGCAGCAGCAGCAGCAGCAGCAGCAGCACCCGUCGCCUCUCCUGCCCCUGCCCACACCUCCGCACCCCUUCUCCUCUUCGUCCUCUGCUGGAGUCUCAGGAGGCAUUCCUGUAGCAACACCGGCUCACAUGCCUGAUAGCACUACAGACAGCUGGUCUGGCUACUAUGGCGCACAGAGGCAAGAUAAUGUUGGCAAGCCAUUCAGCAACAAGACAGCGUCACUCAAACAGCGUUGCAGGGAUUACGAUGAAAAAGGAUUUUGUGUCCGUGGUGACCUUUGCCCAUUUGACCACGGCAAUGACCCUCUCAUCGUCGAUGAUGUCAAUCUACCAAGCAUGAUUCCGUUCCCGCCCCCACCUGUAAUGACUCCCGCCGGCCUGCCCAUGCCCCCGAUCACUGAGCCACCCCCUUCCCUCAGGAUACCUCCGAUGCCCCCGUACGGCCAGCCACCACCACCGGGUGUCUUCCCCAUGACUGGACCUCCACUGAUAGCAACCAGUGGAAUUGAUACCCCCAGCCACCAAUCGGCAAUCGCUUCUUCUCCUCCUAUUGGACCGCCUGGCGUAGGGAUGCCGCCUACUCUUCCUCCUCCUCCACCUCCUCCCUGCUCGUCUUCAUCUGUGUCACUUCGUCCCCAAUAUGUCCAGUCUGAAUAUAACUAUGAUCCAGAGGGCUAUAAUCCAGAAUCCCCAGGCCUGACGGCAGCAGGUCGUAACCAGUACCGUCAGUUCAUUCCCCGCGUGCAGACCCAGCGCUCCAACCUCAUCGGCCUCACCUCCAAUGAAGGACAAGGCUCCAGAGCUGCCAACAUAGUGAUCCAGACAGAGCCUGCCACUACAGCCAGCACUCCUGGAAGUAAUGUGUCCCGUUUCAACACGGAGCAGGACAAUAGGAAGAGAACCAUGGGAUCCACUACAGCCGAAGGACCAGCAGCUAAAAAACCCUGGAUGGAAAAGCCAAACUUCAACAACCAACAUAAGAGCAGUUUUCCCAAGAGGAAUCACUAUGUGAACACUAAGCUUGAGGUGCGCAAGAUCCCACGUGAGCUCAACAACAUCACCAAGCUCAAUGAGCACUUCAGCAAGUUUGGAACCAUCGUCAAUAUCCAGGUGGUGUUUGGCGGAGACCCAGAGGCAGCAUUGAUCCAGUACACAAAGAACGAAGAAGCCAGACGGGCCAUAUCCAGCACAGAGGCGGUCCUCAACAACCGCUUCAUCCGUGUGUACUGGCACCGCGAGCCCGGCACGAACACCGCAGGGCUUCAGCAGCAGGAGCAGAGCUCGGGGAGCCAGGUGACAGGUUCAGCGCCUAACCAGGGGCCGCAGCACAGCAACGUGCACAAGGGUAUCAAGCAGCACAAUCCAGCUGCCUACGUGUUGAACAAGACUGUGCCCAAGCAUCGCAUGCCAGCAGCAGCUGGGACCACAGCUACAACCAAGCCAGACAGCCUGAACCCGAACACAGACGCUGUCACUGGGGCGCCUGCACUGACAAACACCCAGAAGGGCCCCUACACUUCCACAGCGCUCAAGUCGUCCUCAAAGAGCCUUGGGAAAACGGGAAAAGCACUUGAAGCACAGGAAGUCCUAAAGAAGAAACAGGAGGCAUUAAAACUCCAGCAGGACAUGAGAAAGAAGAAGCAAGAGAUGUUAAAGACACAGAUUGAGUGUCAGAAGGCGUUGAUAAACCGUCUUGAGAAGAACCGAGGGAUGAAACCUGCGGAAAGAGACAACAUCAUGAAGACGCUGAAAGAGCUGACGGAAAAGAUCGCCCAGCUGCAGAAUGAAAUGAACCCUGCCUCCCAGGUCUCCAGUGCCAAACCCAACCACAACCAGACCAAGACCAAGACUGAUGCCCAGAAGGAACUACUGGAUGCUGAGCUGGACUUUCACAAGAAGAUGAGCUCUGGAGAGGACACAACAGACCUGAAGAGAAAACUAGGACAGCUACAGGUGGAGGCGACACGACUAGGUCUCAUUCGGCCCCCAGCGGGUCGAGGCCGGGGCCGAGGGAAGAUGGCGCUGGAGCCCGGCGCGAUGCAUGUCGGACGCGGCAGGGGCCGAAGCCGGGAGAUGAUGGCUCGCGGCGGGGCCGUGAACCGCAUGGUUGUAGACCACAGACCCAGAGCCUUGGCUAUCCUAGGUGUCACUCAGGAGGAGAAGGAAGAGUUAAUGCCGCACUUUGUGAAAUUUGGUGAGAUUGAGGAUCUUCGUGACCAGGACGCCAACAGUGUCGUCAUGACCUUUAAGACACGAAGCGAAGCAGAGAAUGCAGCCAACCAGGGAGCUAAGUUCAAAGGUCGAGUGCUGCAGAUUUCCUGGUACAAGCCCAAGACGCCUUCUGUCACAACAGAGCCAGAGGAGGAAGAGGCUAAAGACGAGGACAAUACGAAGGAAGCUAGCUCUUAUAUGCCUGGCGAGGAGGAGGAAGAAGAAGAGGAGGAGGAUGACGAUGAAGACGACGAGUAUGAGAGCCGAUCUUGGAGACGAUGAAGGCAUCGUGAUUCGUCAUCACCUGCUCUCCAGCAAAAUCAGUGGUUAUUUUUUUCCCGACGUGCGGAUAAAAUCAAUACAGCAGAACUCACUUUUUUUUUUUUUUUCCUUUUCAGUAUUUUCAAACUAAGUAAUUUUAAACUCUAAUCGAAGUAAAAAUGUCUUUACUUUAGUUGUACAUCAAAAGAGUUUUAGAGGAUCUGCAGUUUUUGUAUCCCUCAACUAAACAAAAUUAUUUAAAACAUCUCACUUUUGCUGAGAAAGAUAAAUGUUAAGUUGUUCUUAUAGAUAGAAAAACCUAUGUAAGUUUCAGUGUGCUUACCAGAUGAUUAAUAUCAGUAAUGCACAACAUUUGUGUCUACUGUGAAUAGGUAUUUUUAUACAUACUGUAUUUAAGCUCUUUUCUCACCAGUUUUUGAAAAAUCUUGUCCUCAGUGCAGGGACAACCAUUCCAUCACUAAUAGUACGUUCUCUGUUGCUACCAGAGAGAUAUUUAUUUAUUUUUCCACUGCAUAAAUACACUGUGUCGUACCGAUAUUGGCACAGUAUGGUAUUGUUUUCCAUUCACUCGCUCAGUUUGUUUUGGCAUGGGUAAGCCCAAAGUGGUAAAAGAUCCAAAUGUUUUUGGCAGUGGCUCUGUGUGCUGGCAUGAACACAUGCUAGUUCGUGCAUGUUGCACCCAUAAAUGAACACAGCCAAGCCUGCCCAGCACCCAAAGGUGCUGAUACUGUACCAUUACCAUAUUAGAGCCAGUGCAGGUACAGAAGGAUACCAGUGCAAUAGAAAAACCCAAAUAAAUGUUUACAAAUUGCCGUGUCCAUGCACGUCACAUACAGUCUUGUAGUAAAUAUUCAAAUUUUCCCCGCUUACAUUUUGUUGCUCGCUCAGUGACCAGUGCCACUCUGUAAAUAUAAACACUCAGACGGGUGUUCUACAUUUUCUAAGAGUGUGUGACAUUUUUCACUUGUUUUAUUCUGUCUCCUGGUCAUCCAAAGGGCCUGACAGGACAAGGAUCAGAUCACCCAUUUUCAAAAAUGUGAGAUCCAUAGACAGGUGUUUGAAUGUAAUACUGAACAGUUGAUUUUAAUAUAUAUAUAUAUAUAAUUUGCCUUACACAAUCAGCGAAUGGCUGAAUUUUUACAAGAUUUGUGAUUUACUUUUGUAAAUUUUGUAAAUGCUUGAAAGAGAAAUUACUGUUGUACUUUUUUUGUUGUUUUUUUGAGUUUUGUUUUUUUGUCAUUUUAAAUGAAUGACAAGAUUGUGUCAGGUAGAAAAGGUCAAGCAAGAGUGCUUAGCGUCUCUGCUUAUUCGCAAGAACUGUGCAUUUUUGUUAAAACCAGUCCACAUUGUUAUUUCACUAAAUUUGUCAUUUAAGUAGCUCAUUUCGUUUAAGGAAACAGUCAGAGCUGCGCAAAACAAAGGCACUGGGAGUCAUGCACCUCAAGAUAUUAUUUGCGCAUUAGUGCAGCUUUGCCUGCACCUAAAUAUUGUCAGACAGUGCUCUAAAUCCACUCUACAAAUGCAAGCAUCUGCUUCCACAAUGUGCACCUUUCACGACGAUAUUUUUUUGUGUUUUGCCUUCUUUACAUACUGUAUACUGUAUUUUAGAAUCCUCAAGGUGGGAGGAAUGAAAUUCAUUAAAAGUCAUAUGGAAAUGUACUAGAUGCAAAAUGAUACAUUUUUGACAGUUAAAAUUUGUAUAUUUGUUGCUGUCCUUAAACAAAUAACUGUUUACAUGCACCUAAUGAAAUGUUGUUAGAUGUAUGCUCAUCAUUAUUCAACUAAACUGAUCACAUCCAGUAACAUAACUAGUCUGAAUAACACCAAAACCAAGGAGAGACGUUAACUUAUUAGUUAACUGUAGCAGUCUCACUACUUUAUACAAAUCUGCAUGUAAAUAUACAUCUACUCACUGUAUUUACAUCUGCAUACAUGUAAAUACUGUGAGUAGCAAUGAAAUGAGAAAAAUGCUCAUAGAGGUGCAACAGAAUUCGUCUCAUUUGUUCCUUAAUGUGCUCAUGUGAAAGGGUGCCGAACUAUUUCCUCCCACCUACAAUGUUAGUUGCGCUCUUGUUUGGAUUGCAUAUCUCACUGUUGACUGAUAACUGAGAAGCCUCCUGCCAGUGACCUCAUUGUCUCAUUCAAACCUUUGCAUUCAUGUUUUUGUCUCCACCAUCACUGUGCCAGUCACAGUGACGUUCAGGUGUGCGAUGGAAAGCUGAAGCUUUUUCUUUUGGCACCUUGUACUUUAAUGAUUUACUCGUGUGAUUCUUUUUUUUUUUUUAAUGAGGUCAUUGGCAGUUUUAAAGGACAAACCUAUACUGGCAGGGUUCUUGCUUGUUUAAGUGAGGAUUCAGAGAAGGUCUCUCUCCCACUUUUUGUACUAUCUUCUGUAUGCUACUAUCACAAUAGUGUAAAAAAAAAUGUAAAAUGUUUAUUGAUAAUAGUUUUGGAUUUGUUACUGUUUAUAUUUGCAGGAUGUGGAUGUAUUUUCUUCAUGUAUUAUGUUUGUAAAAAAUGGAUUUCUAAUUUACUAGCAUGUUUGCUUUUGCCAAUAAAGAUGGAGGAAUGGGGUGCUUGUAAGAAGAUGAGAGAAAAAAGAAAAAAAUACAAGUAAAAAAAAAAAAACUAUUUUAAUUGGAGAGAAAAAAAAAUAACAAAACAAAAAACAUUUUGAGUUAAAGAAAGAAAAUUGACCCAAAAAGAAGUCAACAUUGGCAAGGGGGAAAAAUGCAAGCAAAAGCAUUCCAGAAAAUAUUACCUUUAA